CUUCACCAAUCAUGGUUAAAUUUAUGUUGCAAUUGCUCUCAUUUUGCUUCUAGAAUAUGUCAAUUCGUCCGUUGUACACAUGUCGUUCUGCAAUCAUCAAUAUGUUUUAUUCCUCUGUAUUUUGCUUCUACAAUAUUAACAAAAAAUUCAAAAUUUUUAUAAUCGAUUUCAAAUUCAUUAUUGUUAAUAAUUUAGCUCGUUUGCUUUUCAUCAACUCUAUCAAUGCUUUUAUUUCAUGAAAUUUCUUCGUAUGUUGCUAUUUCUGCGUUUAAUCUUGGUGUUUAAAUUGUGUCUUGCUGUAAGUACUAGAUUAGGUUCUUCAUAACUGGCUCUUUUGUAUUUCUAACUGUCAUUUUGUAUUGUUAGCCGAUUUGCCAUUUUGUGUGGUAAAUAUUAUUUAUACAUCCUUAUAGAGACUGUCACAUAUUCACGCAAACUGUCAUUUUAGUAUAACCAACUUUCUUCUUUCAUGUUUCUGUUAUACUGAAAUAUUUGUUUUUCCUUCAAUUUUUAGGAACCUUUUUGCACAAUGGAUCCUGUUUUACUUGUUAUGGUCAAGGUCGAUGGUUUUUGGGAUUCUGACUAUGUGUUCACCAAUGUGCACACAUGUGGGCUUCAUGUUAACUAUGGUGUUCAAUAUGCUUGUUUUGUUGAUAUGUUGACUGCCAUCCUUUCUCAGUACAAACCUAAUCAUAAUUUCAGGCUUUCUUAUAUGAGAGAUGGAUUCCCUCCUCCUGUAACUAUAAAUGAUCAAUCUACCUUAACAUUUUAUCUUUAUAUCAAGUCUCUUCAACUAGAUUUUCUAAAGUAUCCACUUUGUGUUGAGUUUUAUCCUAUCUCUUCUUCAUAUCCAUCUUUUGUUGGUGUUGAACCUUCUGCUUUUCCUUCAGCUAAAAAUGUUGUCAUUUCUUCAACUCAUUCACUUUUUGUUGAUGAGAAUGUUGUUGUUUCUUCCCAACAACAUGCCUCCUCACCUGCACUCUCUUUUGAUCAUAGCUCAUCUUUUUGCACUGAAAAUGUUAACAUCUCUGGUAGACACUCUCAAGAUGUUGCUUCUUGUAGUAACACUGUGUCUAGAGCUGUAGAAAUUGAAACAUCUGAAGACAGUGAUGAAGGCAUGGAUGACAUGUCAGAUGGCUUAGUAAUAGAAUCAUCUCAGUCACUGUCAUUUCUCCACAAUUUUGAAGUCAUCACACAGUCUCAUCCUACUUGUCUUGUUCUAUAUGCUAUUUACAAAAGUAAAACAGACCUUAUCCACCAUCUGAAGAUGUAUGCUAUCACAAACCACUUUCAAUACAGAACAAAGACCUCUAGGAAAAUAUCUUUACAUGUUAUUUGCUUAGAUCCAAAAUGUCGUUGGACUGUUCGAGCUGUAAGACUACCUGGCGUACAAAUGUUUCAAAUUAGAAGAUUCUGUCCAGAACACACAUGCUCUAUUGAUUAUAGACAAGGCAAACAUAGACAGGCAACUGCUACUGUGAUAGCAAAACUUAUU